GUAAGGUGGCUUUAAAGCACCAGUGAGUCCAUGGCUUGUGUUGGAAAGUCUUAGUCUUUUCAUCUAAAGAAAUAUCUCAUUUUUAAACAGUUGUCUCUCUUGAACAGUGUUUAGUAUUUAAGUGAGGUAAAAUAAUAUCAAAAGUGAAAGUGAAAUUCUCCAUUUCAGUAUAAAAGCUGAUCCACAAACAGCAGAGCCCCAGACCUCACCUUGGCUUCAAGAUGGCUUCGCCACACCAAGAGCUGAAACCUGGAGACCUGAUUGAGAUUUUCCGCCUUGGCUAUCAGCACUGGGCCCUCUAUGUGGGUGACGGCUACGUGAUCCAUCUGGCUCCUCCAAGUGAAUACCCCAGAGCUGGCUCCCCCAAUGCCCUGUCAGUCCUAGACCGCAAUGCAGUAGUGAAGCAGGAGCGCCUGGAGGAUGUGGUGGAAGGCUGUAACUAUCGGGUCAACAACAGCUUGGACCGUGAGUACAGACCACUGCCCAUUCAGGUGAUCAUCAGUUCUGCGAAGAAGAAGGUUGGUCAGAAGAUGGAGUACAGUAUUGUGAGAAGGAACUGUGAGCACUUUGUUACCAAGCUGAGAUAUGGCAAGUCCCGCUGUAAACAGAACAGAUGUCCUCACCUGGAAGCUGUCUCAAAAGGAUCUCAUCGGCCCAUUCUCAGGACAAGCCCGGACAAGCCCAACACCAAGAAGUGGUCACAGCCCAGAAAAAUGGAGACCCUGGGGACACAGCCAACGGCUUCUCUGGGAGAGGAUUCUGAGCCAGCCAGCGGGGAGGGGAGAAGACAGGAGAUGCCAGGCCGUAGGGGAGGCAGGAGAGCAAGGAGAGGGAGAGGAGUCCCAGGCCCUUGGGAGGGAGAAAGUGCCAGCGUGGGCUUGCUGUGAAUCUCAACAAAAUCUG